AUGAUCGGGCGCGAGGCAACAAAACUGGUGGCACUGCGGGCCGCUCCAGGGGGCUCCUCGCAGCUGGCGCCGGCGGCGCCGGCCGGGGGCGUUCACGCCGCGGCCGAGCAGGGCAACGUCUGGUGGCUGGAGUGCUGCGGAGCUUCGCGGGGCUGCCAGGCGCAGCUUAACGACGGGGACCUCCGGGAGGACACGCCUCUCCACCGCUGCGCGAGGAGCGGCCAGGCCGUGGCGUGCAGGACGCUCCUCCGGCUCCGCGCCGACCCCGCGAGGCGCAAUCGCUGGGGCCUCCUCCCGGAGCACCUGGCGGCCCACGGCGGCCACGGCGGCGUCUCCGCGCUGCUCAGGGGCGCGCGGCGGGCUGCGGGCGCGGCCGCGUGCUCCCCGGACCAGCGCGCGGGCGUCGGAGGCGGCAGCCGCGGCAUCGAACCGUACGCGGCUGAGGCGGCGCAGCUGGUCUCCAGGCACCCGGACGGCCUGGGCCUCUUCGACGGCUCCGCCCUCGAGGCCCUCGGGGGGCGCCUGCGGACGGCCGAGGUGCUGCGCCACGCCACGAACCUGGCGGCGGGCCGCGAGCUGCUGGGGCCGAGGGCCCUGGCAUCGGCGGCGCCCGCGCCCGCGCCCCCGUCCUCCGUCGCGGGGCUGCUCCGCGGCCGCCGGGAGGAGGACGAGGACGCGGCGUUCCGCCUGGCCGCGGUGCUGUCGGCCCAGGGCCUCGAGCUGGAGCGCGUGCCGGAGCGCCUGGCGCCGGGACAGGCGAGCCCCCCCGCCGACGGCUCCGAGCCGCCGCGGUGGUGGCAGAGCCCCACGCGGGACGCGCGGGAGACGCAGACCUGCGGGCUGCUUGUCUUCGAGCCCGCGGGCCAGGUCACCCCCGACGCGCUCGGGCACUGGGUGGCCCUGCGCUUCGAGCCGCAGCCUCCGGCCCGUGGGGCCGCCGACCGCGGCGGUGCGGAGCCCGCCGCCGGCGGCGGCGGGGCGCUGCCGGAGAGCGCCGGCGACGAGCGCGGCGAGCGGCCGGCACGGGAGCCGCGCGCCCGCGAGGCGGCGCCCGGCGGCGCGCACGCAGAGGUGCCGGCAGCUGGGCCAGCGGUGGAGCAGCCUGCGCGGCCUGGCGGAGCUGCGGGGAUUGAUGAGCCCGUGGAGGCCCUGGCCGCCGAGCCCCCGCGGGAGGCGGCGCCGUUCCUCCGGCUGGACCCGCUGAGGGGGCCCUUCCGGCUCACCUGCGGAGAGGCGCGCGAGCUGCUCGUCAGAUACAAGGCGGGCUGCCCAGACGGGGGGCCGCAGGCGCCGCCGCGGCGCGCGCGGGGCGCGGGCGGCAUGGUGAAGAUACUCGGCGAGAUCGUGCCCGACAACGACCCGAGGGCCAAGCAGGCGGCGGCCCCGGGCGCCGCCCCGCGCGGCUCCGGCCAGGGCUUCGCCAACAGGCCGGCGGGGAUCCACUCCUCGCCGGGCGGCUCCGGCGGCGGCGGCGCUGCCGCGGCCCCGGGCGGCGCCCGGGCGCAGGGCGCGGGCGCCCCGCCUGCGGGCGCCCAGCCCUCGGAGGACCUCUUGACGGGGGACCUGGCGCGUGCGCUGGGCAUCCACGGGAGGACGCAGAAGGCGGACGUGCCCCUCGUCUACCUGCUCGUCGGAGGGAUCCUCGCCGCCCUGUGGGCCACGGGCCAGCAGGGCGUCGUGCGGAUGAUGGUCGUCGGCGCGUUCCUAUACCUCAUUUUCCAAAAGUACCAGCAGGCCAAGGCCAGCGGCAACGGCGUGUCCCUCGCUACCAUGUUCGGCGGAGGCCCGGGGGGAGGCGACGGCUCUGGCGAGUCCGACAACAGCUCGAGCGGGCACGUCAUCAAGCGUGGGCCCCACCAGAGCUGA